AUGCUCACGCAAGCGGGUGAAGAGGAAGCGGUUGCUGAAACCCUUACAAAGAACCUCUCUUGCCUGUACAGAGCCUUCACUUUGGGAUCCGACAGAAAAGAGCAAAUGUGCGUAGUGCAGCACCUCAUGAGUUUCCUUUCUCUUCCCGUGAUGGGUAUUACCGUCGGCACCUUUCUUGGGCGCUACGGUGCGGUUGGGGAAAGGGGCGUAACCGCCAAUAACUCCUCCGCUUUCGCCCUACUCCUUUUGGAAUAUUUUACGGUCGAGGCGUGGAACAAUUCCGUUUUCUAUCUUCACAUCAACAAUACAGAAAAGCAGGGUGAGUGGGCGCGUGCUGCCUGGGCUCUGGUUGACAUUCUCCCUCCAACACACCGUGUUGUCUCUGCCCUACAUGCGCUGAGAGGGAUCACAGGCUGCUGA